AUGAAGGAGCUGGGCACGGCUACUUUCAUUCUUGGUAUGGAGAUCGACUAUGACCGCAACGGCAGUACACUUAUGUUUCGACAGACUCGAUACGUCGAUGACGUGGGCAAGCAGACGGUUGAUUCGUUCCCGUCUCGAUCGCUUACGAAGGCAUCACAUGUGUUGGAGCUUGUUCACACGGACGUGAUGAGCCCAAUGAAAACGGUCUCAAAGGGUGGUGCACGGUAUGUGCUAACGUUUGUGGAUGAUUUUUCGCGAUUUGUGGUGGCGUACUUCAUAAAGCACAAGAGUGAGGUGGCGGCUAAGCUGAGUGAGUUCAAGACACUAUACAAAAACCAAUGGGAAAGACGUUUAAAGUGCCUUCGAUCGGAUAAAGAGACGGACAAUGACGAAGAGCAGAAGGUGAAAGAAAGUGACACGCCACCAAUUGCGAAGCGAGCCAGAAUCGACGAGGAAGGACUUAUUGCAGAAGCCGUGCUGGCUUAUGCUGCUAAUGUGGGUGAGGUUGAUGAUGCCCCCACAACGUAUCAGCAAGCCAUGAACAGCGAAGAUGCUAUGGAAUGGGUGAAGGCGAUGAACGCGGAACUCAAAGCUCACUUAGAGAACGGUUCGUGGUUGCUUGUUCCGAAGAAGAAGGACGUUCGGCCGAUUGGAUGUCGAUGGGUUUUUGCGAAGAAGCGCAAUGAACUCGGACAGGUUACACCAUCGACGGGUUCGGUACAGCAAUGCUAUUCGUGA